AUGGAGCUGGACCACAGGACGCCCGGGGGCCUCCACGCCUGCCCCGCGCCGCGCGGCGGGCCGGUGGCCAAGCCCAACGUGGUGCUGCAGAUCGGCAAGUGCCGCGCCGAGAUGCUGGAGCACGUGCGCCGCACCCACCGGCACCUGCUGGCCGAGGUGUCCAAGCAGGUGGAGCGCGAGCUGCGCGGGCUGCACCGCUCGGUGGGCAAGCUGGAGGGCAACCUGGACGGCUACGUGCCCCCCGGCGACUCGCUGCGCUGGCGCCGCUCCAUCAAGGCCUGCCUGAGCCGCUGCCAGGACACCAUCGCGCACCUGGAGCGCUGGGUCAAGCGCGAGAUGCACGUGUGGCGCGAGGUCUUCUGCCGCCUGGAGCGCUGGGCCGACCGCCUGGAGGCCGCGGGCGCCAAGCACCCGGCGGGCGGCGAGCCGGGCCGCGCCGUGUCCGUGGGCGUGGGCGGCCCCGAGGGCUGCUACCAGGAGGCCGACGGCUACGACUACAGCGUCAGCCCCUACGCCAUCCCGCCGCCGCCGGCCGCGGGCGAGCUGCCGCCGGGCCAGGCGCUGGAGGAGGAGGCGGCGCAGCAGUACCCGCCCUGGGGGCCCGGCGAGGACGGGCAGCCGCUGCCCGGCGUGGACACGCAGGUGUUCGAGGACCCGCACGAGUUCCUCAGCCACUUGGAGGAGUACCUGCAGCAGGUGGGCGGCUCGGAGGAGUACUGGCUGUCCCAGAUCCAGAACCACAUGAACGGGCCGGCCAAGAAGUGGUGGGAGUUCAAGCAGGGCUCCGUCAAGAACUGGGUGCAGUUCAAGAAGGAGUUCCUGCAGUACAGCGAGGGCACGCUGUCCCGCGAGGCGCUGCAGCGCGAGCUGGACCUGCCGCAGAAGCAGGGCGAGCCGCUCGACCAGUUCCUGUGGCGCAAGCGCGACCUGUACCAGACGCUGCACGUGGACGCCGAGGAGGAGGAGAUCAUCCAGUACGUGGUGGGCACCCUGCAGCCCAAGCUCAAGCGCUUCCUGCGCCACCCGCUGCCCAAGACCCUGGAACAGCUCAUCCAGCGCGGCCUGGAGGUGCAGGGCGGCCUGGAGCAGGCCGAGCCCGCCCCCCCGCGCCCCGCCGCCGAGGAGGCCGGGGCCCAGCCCGAGCCCGAGCCCGAGGGCGCCCUCACGCCAGCCCUCACCAACGAGUCCGCCGUCAGCGACUGCGCCAAGCCCGAGUAG